UAGCUUUUGAGACUGAUGAAACAUUAAACCAACGAUUAAUGUUCAUAUAAUUUCAAUCAUAUAACUUUUCGAUUUGCUCAAAAAUAAAAUCAGAAAAACCAUUUAAAAAAAAAUAAAAUAACCGACAAAAAAUCCAAUAAAUUUUUAACAAACAAACACUCAUCAGUAUAGCUGAAACUAGAUUGGACCACUUCAUUAAUGUGACACAUAUCAUAUAGUAAUAAAUAUAAUAUAAUAAAAUACAAAUUUCUACUUUAACCCCACGUCUUACAUUUUUUUAAUAUCACGCUGAACCAUUACUGAUUAGUAAUGACCUUAGAGUUAAUUAGAAUAUUAAUCAAAUCCCAUUACCAUGUCACAACCAUUUAUAGCCAUCAGUCUUCGUCAUUAAAUUAAUUAAUCUCCUCCACCUUCCUUAAUUAUCUUAAUUGAAUAUCCCUUUCUCCCUAAUCCCACCGCCAAAUUUAUUAUUAUUAUUUUUUUUAAAAAAAAAAUAAUCAGAUUAUACAGCUCAAAUACCGUUGCAGUUUCCACGACGCCAUAGAUAGUGGUCGUUACUCGUUAACCCAUUUUCUUCUUCUUCUCUACUGUAAAACUUUUCAACUAAUUUUCUUCGUAUUUUUGUUCUCCAUAGAUUUAUUUUUUUCUUUGAAUUCAUUGAAAAAGUGAAAAAAAAUUAUGAGAGAGAGCUCAAGGCAACAGCAUCAAACUCAGAGAAGUUGGGCUGAAAAAUUGUGUUUCGGUUGCACGUGCCUACAGCUUUUUUGGCCGCGAGUGGUGAUGCGUAAAUGGCUCAAUAUUAGUGCUAAGGAUUCCGAUUACAGUGCUGACCCUGACUCUGAUGUCGGCUCCGAUUCCGGUUCCGAUUCCGACCAAGAAUUCUGUGACUGGCCGAGGCAGUCGGGGCUGAACGAUGCAAAAGACGGGAAAGUUGGAAUUGAUGAUGCUCUUCCAAAAAUAAGAAGGCGAAAAUCAGAAACAUUUAGGGCACAGUAUAUUAACGCUAAAGAAAUUAGAUUACCGAGUUUGGGUGCUUCCAGAGUAUGUGUCGGCACAUGGAACGUUGCAGGAAGAUUUCCUCCAGAAGAUCUUGAACUUGAUAGCUGGUUGGAUGUUAAUGAGCCUGCUGACAUCUAUGUGAUUGGAUUUCAGGAAGUUAUACCUUUAAAUGCUGGCAACAUAUUUGGUGCUGAAGAUAACCGCCCAAUUUCAGUUUGGGAGGACAUCAUUCGCGAAAGUCUGAAUAAAGUCUCACCAGUGAAUAAGUUUAAAUCCUUUAGUGAUCCUCCUUCUCCAUCAAGGUUUAGGCCAUCCGAAGAUGCCCCUGAUAUAGAAGAAGAAAUUGCUUUUGAAUCUGACAGUGGCAGUGAGGAGGAAAUUGUCCCAAUAAAUGAAGAGUGCAAUGACUUUGUUGAAAUCAAGGAUGGAUGUAUCAUGGAGGAUCAUAAGAUUGUGAAAAAUGAUGUAGCUGUUUUGAACAAUACUUGGGGUUUGGAGCCAAUCAAUGAGGAGUUUCAAAAGCAAUUUCCUUCUUCAAAAAAGCUAGACAGGCUGAAUUGCUUUAGACCAGACGAGGAGGAAGAAGAAACAGGAGAAUCAAAUUUACAGUUUGCCAAAAAAUUGACAAAAACACUUAGUGGGACAGAAAGAAUUGGUCUUUGCUGGCCAGAGAAACCAUUGGAUCUUCUGGGCCAACAUGUUUCAGAAAGACCUGGUUCCUUCAAAUCAAUGAAAUCAUUGAAAGCUUCUAAAUCUUUUAACACUUACAGUUCUUUUAAGUUGACUGUUAAUGGUCAGAAUAGAACACAAUCAGAUGCAAAUCUGCUUGCAGGACUAGACCUUGAAGCUUUGAUUAAUAGGAAAAGGAAACCAUCUUAUGUGAGGAUUGUGAGCAAGCAAAUGGUUGGAGUUUUUCUUAGCGUAUGGGUUCGUAGGGGCCUAAGAAAGCAUAUACAGAAUUUGAAUGUAUCUACAGUCGGUGUUGGAGUAAUGGGCUACAUAGGUAACAAGGGAUCAGUAUCUGUGAGCAUGUCAAUAUAUCAGACUUUCUUUUGCUUUGUCUGUACUCACCUUACAUCGGGUGAGAAGGAGACAGAUGUAGUCAAAAGAAACACUGAUGUCCAUGAAAUUCAUCGAAGAACACAUUUCAAUGCAUUUUCGUUAAUCGGACUUCCUAAGAGCAUCCAUGAUCAUGAGCGAAUAAUCUGGCUGGGAGAUCUUAACUAUCGUAUAAAUUUGCCAUAUAAUAGAACGCGGGAGCUGAUAGCAAAAAAGGACUGGUGUAAGUUGAUUGAAUAUGAUCAGCUCAGCAAAGAGUUCAAGAAAGGUCGUGCAUUUGAUGGGUGGUCUGAAGGUACUUUAAACUUUCCGCCGACUUACAAGUAUGAAGUAAACUCAGAAAAGUAUUGUGGAGAGGAUCCAAAGGCCGGGAGACGUAAUCCAGCAUGGUGUGAUCGAAUCCUAUCAUUCGGGAAGGGAAUAAGGCUGUUGCGUUAUGGAAGAUCUGAACUUAAGUUUUCAGAUCAUCGACCUGUCUCUGCCACAUAUAUGGUAGAGGUUGAGGUAUUUAGCCCGAGGAAGUUGCAACGGGCCCUCACUUUUACUGAUGCGGAAAUUGCAAAGGAGGAAAUUGUCACAAAUAUGGGAUUAGAGAAUGGAAUGAGCCGAUUCAUAUCAGACCAGGGUGAAUCUUGUUGGAUGCGGUAAACAGUUGAAGAGGCUGAAAGAUGGAAUUUCCAGGACUCGCGAUUUUUCAUGAGUAACGGUUCUGCAUAUAUUGUUUUAAUUUUUUAUUCUUCACUCUUGAUCAGGCAGGCUGUAUAUUGUGUUUAAUUAGGUGAUGCAUGUUUACUGUAUAUUGUUUGUUGUUCAGACUUGUAAGUGAGUGAGCUCAUUUUUGUAGUCUUCCUUCUUAGUCUGGGCUUUUUCCAGCAUGAAUUUAUGAAGCAGUUGUACAGCAAUGUCCCCAAUAUUGUUUAACAAUACAUAUAAUAGAAUGAGUUUGUUAAUGUCCA